GUGGCGCUAAUUCGCAGUUUCGCAUCUUCUGUACGAAAAAUGGUUUCUUCAACAGAAUUGUCACCUUUAGAGAGAGCAAAGAGACAGGCUGCGUAUGUUUGUGCGGAAAAGAACAUUACAAGCGGUUGUCGGCUUGGUGUUGGCUCCGGCUCAACUGUAAAGUAUCUCGUCGAGUACUUGGAAUCUGCAGUUAAGUCUGGAAAAUUGCAAAACAUAACUAAGAAAUGGUUACUGGAUGCUGGUUUAUUUAUCACUGAUUUGGACGGUACCCCUGAACUGGACAUCUGCAUCGAUGGAGCUGAUGAGGUUGACUCCAAUUUCAACUGUAUCAAGGGUGGCGGUGGAUGCCUUGCCCGUGAGAAAAUCGUUCAACAUGCUGCCCAGAAGUUCUUUGUUAUUGCUGAUAGCUCAAAGGAAUCCGUAAAUCUUGGAGAACAUUAUAAUCAUAUUCCCAUUGAAGUACUGCCGUUCGCUGUUUCAUCUGUCCUGAGAUCUUUACCACGUCUUGAAGGCGGUAGUGCACAAUUAAGAAUGGCUGUGAAAAAGUGUGGCCCUGUGCUUACUGAUAAUAAUAACUAUAUCAUUGAUUGGGCUUUUGAAAAGAACAAGACUCGUAAUUGGCAGGAAGUUCAAAUGAGACUUGCCAAUACUCCUGGUAAGCUUUUACGGACUUCGCAACGGUUUUUAAGAAAAUAA